GCGUCACGUAGCCAGUCGUCGGCGACGCGCGCGGCCCGUCUCUGGCCAGAGCUUGGUAGGAAAACGUUCUCUGGAGGCGGCCGACGCGCCGCUCGGGGUGCGCACGGAAUACGAGUGUACGAGUGCCGCGGGGGGCGCGCGAGCGACUCGGGGGUGCACACGGAGCGCAGUGUGCUCGCGAGGGUUGCCUGGCCGCAUACAGGCACGCCAGCGUAGCUGCCGGUUUACCGCCAGGCAGGGUAGUCGUACGGCUCGGCGAUGCAUCUAGCUGAGCUGAACUGAGCGCGCACGAGGAGGAGGAGGAGAAGGAGGAGGCCCGUGUCGCCGGUGUAGGCCAUCCCCCCUUGCUCCCUUCUUCUUCUUUCAUCCUGUUCGCGACUUGUCCUCGAGGGUUGUGGCAGGACGACAAAGAUGCCAGCAGCUGGGGCGGCCGUACCGGCCGUUGCCGAGGGAGCUGGUCAGCUGGAGGACCUAGACGAGCCGCCGGAGCCACGUGUUCGCGGUGGUAGUGGACGUGCCGGCUUAAUGAAACCCCUGGUGGUGUUAGCUCUACCCGGGAUGUAUCUUUUCUACAAGUACAGCCAGUACAGGCGGGAGCAGCGCGAGUUGUCUCGCAGAAGAGUGACCGAGAGGGAACUGCAACAUCUUCAUCAUAAAAUCGACAAGUUGCUGACAAAACUAGAGGAGAAUGAACCCGAGCUGGCAUCUUCGCAGGAAGAUGAGUGCGUGAUAUGCGUGAAUGCGAGGGCGACGAUGCAAACUGCGCCAUGUGGGCAUCGAGUAGUCUGCAGACGCUGCUUCGUCAAGACGAUACAAAUGGCAGUAUCACAGAGGCUUUUGCCACUAAGAUGCGUUAUAUGUAGAGCGAAGAUCCUACGGUUGAAGCAGACUCUCCUUCCGCGUGACUAUUCGAUGUCGGGUAAAUCCUGGGUACUCCCACAAAGCGCGUCGGAGUACAACAUGGGCACAGGCGUCACCGCCGGCGUAUCCGGACCUGGUGGCAGAUGGGGAACCGGAAGCGUACCAGCCUCCGCCUCUUUAUACUCGAUGGCCAGCGGUUCAUCCUCUAUUUCUGGAGUGUCUUCCGUCUCUUCGGCAACUUCCUCAUCCGCGCAUAGUACCGGAAGUUCCUCUCUCGGCAAACCGACAAGGUUACGGCAACCCAUAGGCGCCACUCUCAGACGUUCUCAGGCGCAAUCGAUGAAAAUGCGAAUUCAGGAAUAUCAGGAUCCAGUUCAACAAAUCACUGAGGAAGAGGAGAUCAUGCGGGAGAACCGAGAACGCCGAUUGCCACCAAUCAAAGAGUUCCAGAGGGACUACCGUGCUGGCAAGGCCUCGACUAGAAUCAGAUGUGCUCAAAAAAUCGUGACGCAGCUGGAAACGUCACCGAGCCCAAGAGGUGCAACCGCCGUUUCAACGUCGACAUCGUCGGCAUCAUCGUGCGGCCGGGCCGCGUCUAAGCGACCAGCGGCAGCGCCCAAGAUGUCGGUGGUCCAGGAAGUGCAGAAGUCGAAGAAGGAGAAGGAACGGGAGAAAGAGCGAGAAAAGGCAGAGAAGGCGCGACAAAAAGAGGAGGAGAAGGCAGAGAAGACCAGGCAAAAAGAGGCGAAGAAGCUGGCGAAAGAAGAGAAGAAGAGAGCGAAGAAGGAAGCAAAAGCGCGACGAAAGGAAGCCGAGGAGACCCCUCUCCUGAGGGACGAAAAGUAAGGUUCGACUGAUCGUAUAGAAAUCCCGAAAGAGAUAUCGUGACAUUUGUCGUUGUGAUACAGGUAUCCUAAAGAGCUCUCGAUAACUGACGACAUUCUUCGAUAUCUUGUAUUUGCGGAGGAUUGGUAGUACAUUUAGGAUGAGUUACGGAUGUUCGUAUACAUUAAUUGCAAUUGCGAGGACAGUUAAAGUAUCGUAUAGGGCACUGUUUUAGAAAUUCCAGCAGCCAGUCGAAUAAUAAAUAAUAUGGCCUAGCGCGAAAGUGAUUCUCCAAGAAGCGAACAGUUGGCGAGACUGUGGACAUCCCUGUUUGUUCAUGAAUCUAAGACGUGUAUGGUACAUCCGCUUUAGUGAAGUUAUAGUAGCUGACAGCGGAAAAUCUCGUCUCGAACAAUCCGUAACUCGUCCUAAUUUCCUCGUCAUCUUACAAGGUUCGCGAGAAGGCGGUGAGAAAAAGUAAUACCUAAAAAAAAAAGAAUAAA